AUGGCACCAAAACAAGGUCUUUCAUUAGCAGACAUACAAAAUCCUCUUUACCUUCAUCCUUCAGAUGGUCCUCUCAGCAUCAAUAUAUCGGAUAAGCUUACUGGACCUUCAACUUACAGAGCUUGGAGACGUUCUAUGGAGAUAGCCCUAGCUUCAAAACAUAAGUUGGGAAUGGUUACAGGAGCUCUGAAGAGAGAUACUGAAAAUGAAGAACUGCAGGAACAGUGGGACACCUGUAAUUUCAUGGUGAUAGCAUGGUUAACAGCCUCAAUGUCUCCAUCUGUAAAGGAGUCAGUGCUGUUUGUUCAAAGUGCCAAGGAAAUAUGGCAUCAACUUGAAACAAGGUUUUCUCAAACUAAUGGAACAAGAAAAUAUAAGCUGAGCAAAGAUAUUUAUGAUCUUAGGCAAGCUGAUAAAACCAUUAGUGAAUACUAUACCACAAUGAAAUCUCUAUGGGAUGAGCUUGAAGGUCUAGCUAACUAUCCAGCCAUCACCAAUGUAACUGAAGAGAUCAGAGCUUUUCUUGAUGCUCUCAGUAAGCAAGAAGAAGAAAAGAAGCUAUUUCAGUUUCUAUAUGGCCUAAAUGAGGGCUAUUCCACUAAGAGAAGCCAGCUGUUAAUGACUACACCUUUGCCCUCUGUUGAAACUGCUUGUGCAAGGCUUCAGCAGGAAGAAGCUCAAAGAGAUGUGUUAAAGGUAAGUAAGAUGGAAAUAGAGAGUUCAGGGAUGUAUGCAAGUCAUUCUCAAACACAGGGUUCAGCUAUGUUUGCAAAUGAAGGAUGCUCUGUGUGUGGUAACAAAGGGCAUGACAAAGAAAAAUGCUGGAAGGUAAUAGGAUAUCCAAAGUGGCAUGCCAAGUAUAAGAAGAUGCACAGGGAAGGAAGUUCAUCCAGUGGCAGUGUGAAUCAAAGGAUUUAG